AUGGGGACUAUGUUUAAAGCUAUGGGUUUUGUUAUUUAUCUAGUAUUAUCAUUAGUCACAUGUCGACGUAUUGAUGGAGUGCAAAGUCGCAUUCAAACUGUUUUGAUAUCGGAUAUUUCUCCUGGUGAUGAUGAUGACCAACAACACCGGACGGAGAGACAAAAGGAAUCUUUAUUUUCACCAUUGCAUAACUUGGUGAGAAAUUCUUUCGAUGGAGUUGACGAUGACGACCUUCCCCAACUUUAUGUGAUGUGUCAAUUUGACUUCAUUCUUUGGAAGUGCGAAAGAUUGUCUUCACGUAGGGGAUAUCAACAGAUAACAGACCAGAAUCAACAACCGGAAACUGACCAUGAUACACAACCGGAAAAGAACCAAAAUAUACAACCGAUAACAGACGAGAGUAAACAACUGAAGAUAGACCAUAAUGUACAACCGGAAACGGAUCAAAAUGUACAAACAACAACAGAUCAGAGUAAACAACUGGAGACAGACCAUAGUGUACAACCGGAAACGGAUCAAAAUGUACAAACAACAACAGAUCAGAUUAAACAACUGGAGACAUACCAUAAUUUACGUCUGAAAAGUGACAAAGAUAUACAACCGACAACAGAGAAACCUAUGCAACAUGAAUCAUUUAACAAGAAGGACUCUGAAAUAGACUGGAACCUGUCUCUUUCUGUUGAAGAGUACGAAAUGAAGGAAGAAGGCGCUGACCCUGUUGAUAUGGGGCUUGCAGGCAGCCUUCUAUGCCAGAUAUGUUCAUCGGUAAAAAGUACAGCAGAAAGAGAGAAAUGCGAGAUUCGAUUCUGUGAUUAUUAGACUGUAACUUAUAAAAGACACUACGAAAUGAUGGGUAUAUAAUGGCAGUACACGUAUAUGGUUCUUGUAUAUCUGAGUCUGUUCGAUUGUAGGAUAUAA